AUGUAUGCAAAUGUUAGAAUGCUUCAAAGGGCAGUAGUGUGUCUUGGUAUGUUGGCCCCGAGAAAAUUCAUGCAAAAGAGGAAGAAAGUAGAGGUUUUCAAGGAUGCUGAGGAUGAAAUUGAGCAGAAGAAAUGGAGAAAAGUAAUGAAUGAAAUAGAGGAAGCAGAUUCUGCUGUUUUGGUGCUCAAGAGCCGGAGGGCCAAGCAUCAGUCUCUCCCCAAAGACCUGCUCAGCAAUUGCCACCACGAUUUUGCGCUGGCUUUGGGUUACGUUACGGUGGUGACAAUCGACAUGGGUUUCUUGGUGGAGGCGCAAUUGGAGGAAGAAUUGUCCGAGAAAUUGUUUGGGGCUAUCAGAAUUUGUCAAAUGGAGAUGAAUUCUGCAACAUUUGUUGAUAACUCCCCACCGUCAAGGAAAGCUUUGCUCUGCGAAGAUGGAGAUGAAUAG